GCUAUUGCUGCGUUAUUUCCAUCAACUACAUCUCUCUCACUCUCUCUGUUUCUCGCCUGCAACAUCUCUGAUCUCAGUUCGUCGCGGAAAACAACCAUAGUAAUCUGCCAGCGUGGGCGAUCUCGGUCUUCAAAUGAUUGAGAGAAGGCGAAAUUCUCCGCAAUUUCUCGUCUGCUGCAAUUUCUAGCGACUGAAGAAGAAGAAGAAGAAGAAGAGGAGGAGGAGAAGAUGCAGUCUAGUAAAGGCUUUGAAAUCAACAAGCUGUUUCAAGAAGCUCAAACUCGUUGGCUGAAGCCUGCGGAAGUGCUCUUUAUUUUGCAGAACUAUGAGAAACACCAGCUCGCUGUAGAGACCCCUCAAAAUCCACCAAGUGGUUCUUUGUUCCUUUUUAACAAGAGGGUCAACCGUUAUUUCCGCAAAGAUGGUCAUAAUUGGCGGAAAAAGAAGGAUGGAAGAACUGUUGGGGAAGCACAUGAACGACUGAAGGUUGGGAAUGCUGAUGCUUUGAACUGUUAUUAUGCUCAUGGAGAGCAGAAUCCUAAUUUUCAAAGGCGAAGCUAUUGGAUGCUAGAUCCGGCCUGCGACCAUAUUGUUCUUGUUCACUAUAGAGAAAUCAAUGAGGGAAGGCGCAAUGCUGGAUCGAGCUCGAACUUGUUGACAGAUUCCAAUUCCAAUUUCAGCCCGAGUGCCGGAUUUUAUAAUUCUCAGAACCAAGGCUCUUCCGGAAUCAGCGAAUUAUAUGAACCAUAUCAGAGUUCAUUCAGUCCAGGAUCUGUUGAAGAAGUCAGUUCUAAGUUAGUUGUGAGGAAUAAUGAGAUGAAUCACUUGGAUGCUGUGGACAGAUCAGGAGCUUUUGGUACUGAGUCAGGUCCAGAGGUCAAGCAAGCACUCAGAAGGAUUACGGAACAGUUAAGUUUGGGUGAUGAUGAUGUUGAUUCCGUGUGCCUGGAAAAGCAAGCACUCAAAAGACUUACAGCACAGUUAAGUUUGGGUGAUGAUGAUGCUGAUUCCAUGUACCUGGAAAAGCUUCCUUCACACUACAGUCAAGAUGAGGAGUCACAUGAUCAACUGUCAGAUGCAAAUGCUGGAAAGCAAGAUGGCUCUAACCAUGUCCUAUUGCUACGGAAUUCAGGUGAUGCUAGGAAACAGUAUGGCCAAUCACUGCAUCCCAGAUAUACAUCUCCUUCAUGGAAGGACAUGCUAGAGUUGUCAUCAAGUUCAACGAGGACUGAUUUCCAAGAGAAUUCAGAUACAUUGACCCAGGGCAUUCCAGAGUCUUCCACAAGCAGAAUGCUCAACUUUGAAGCAGGUUCUCAUGCCAAGGAUACGAGAUUGCAUGAAAAUGAUAGGUCCUUAUACUCAACAGAAAAGGUGAUGAAUUCUGUAAGCGCAGCUCAACAGCCAGAAAAUAUGUGGCUAAAUUAUAGAGGAAGUAGUGCCGAAAACGGGGCUAAUUGGCAUCUAAUUUCUGAGAGUGAUUUUAGUGUUCAACUUUCGGCAGCUAGAGAAUUUCUAUUAGGCUCUGACACUGGCAUCAUAUCACCAACCUCAAGUGGACUGCUUCAAGAAGUUGGAAAAUCAACACUUUCUACAAAUUCCUCUGGCACAAGCGCUGUUGAAGUUGAGUCCGGUGUGGGAAUACUCAAAAAGACAAAUAGACUUGAUUGGAUGGAAACUCGGAAUGUGUCCAUUGAUAAGCAUAAGCACACUCCUGAUUACUAUGAAGGGUGGUUGGACAAAGAAAGUAAUCUCGGAACUUCCCUUGGAAUCGACUCAAGCUUAACUGUUGCACAAGUACAGCAGUUCAGUAUUCGUGAAAUUUCUCCAGAAUGGGCAUAUUCAGACGAAGUCACAAAGGUUAUUAUCACUGGAGAUUUUCUAUGCGAUCCUUCAGAGAGUGCAUGGGCAUGCAUGUUUGGUGACGUUGAAGUUCCGGUAGAAAUCAUUCAGGCUGGCGUCCUUCGCUGCCUGGUACCUCAACACGCUGCUGGAAAGGUAACUUUAUGCAUCACAGCUGGCAAUAGGGAAUCCUGUAGUGAGAUCAGGGAAUUUGAGUAUCAUUCGAAGCCAAAGAUGCCCACAUCAAGCUCUGACGUCGAUGAAAACGAUGCAACUAAUAAGAGUACAGAAGAAGUGCUGUUGCUUGUAAGUUUUGCAGAGAUACUACUGCCUGUUCAGAAUGAGGAUAGUGUCAGACUGGAAACUGAACAGUUGAGAAAACUGAAAAUAGCUGAUGAUACCUGGGGACUAAUUAAGGAGGCACUCUCAGUAGGCAGCGAGACUCCAACCGGUAUUUUGGACUGGGUUUUGCAAGAACUUUUGAAGGAUAAGCUGCAGCAGUGGCUAUUGUCCAAAUGCCAUGGAGGUGAAGUCGCGGGCUGUUCCUUGUCCAAGCAAGAGCAAGGCAUAAUUCACAUGAUAGCUGGCUUGGGCUAUGAGUGGGCCUUAAAUUCAGUCCUUAAUUGUGGUGUUGGUAUCAAUUUCCGGGAUGCAAACGGGUGGACUGCCCUUCACUGGGCUGCACGUUUUGGAAGGGAAAAGAUGGUUGCUGCGCUUUUAGCUGCUGGUGCAUCACCUGGGGUGGUAACAGAUCCCACUGCACAAGACCCAGCAGGUAAAAGCCCUGCUUCCAUUGCUGCCGCCAGUGGCCACAAAGGACUUGCAGGUUAUUUGUCAGAGGUGGGACUAACAAGCCAUCUUUCUUCACUCAAAUUGGAGGAAAAUGAGAUUUCUAAAGGCUCUGCUGCCUUGGAGGCUGAAAGAACUGUGGAAAGCAUUGCUGAUAGGAGCGUACAAAUGCCCAGUGGUGCGAUUGAGGAUCAGCUCUCGCUCCAAGAUUCAUUGGCAGCUGUUCGAAAUGCUGCUCAGGCUGCAGCUCGUAUACAAUCAGCUUUCCGCGCCCAUUCUUUCAGAAGGCGGCAACAGAGUGCUGCUGCAACUUAUGAUGAGUAUGGUAUGACACCAGAUGAUAUUCAGGGGCUUUUGGCUGCAUCAAAGUUCCGUAGCCUUCGUGAUCAUAAGUUAAAUACAGCAGCUCUGUCUAUCCAAAAGAAAUAUCGGGGAUGGAAAGGGCGGAAAGAUUUUCUCACCUUGCGCCAAAAUGUAGUGAAGAUACAGGCUCAUGUGCGAGGUCAUCAGGUUAGAAAGAAGUAUAACGAAUUUUUGUGGACGGUUGGUGUUCUAGAAAAGGUUGUGCUGAGAUGGCGUAGGAAAGGAGUUGGUUUGCGAGGAUUCCGGGCCGAAUCGGAGUCCAUUGACGAAGGUGAAGAUGAUGACAUACUCAAGGUCUUUAGAAAACAGAAGGUGGAUGUGGCUAUCGAUGAAGCUGUUUCGAGGGUGCUUUCUGUGGUUGAUUCUCCCAAGGCACGCCAGCAAUACCGUCGCAUGCUCGAAAGCUACCGGAAAGCUAAGGCUGAACAAAGCAGCAGUGGUGAGACGGCAUCGUAUUCUCGAGACUGCUACAACAUGGAGAACGACGAUGACCAAGACAUGUAUCAUUUCGCAUAGGUGGAACCUUGGGUUAUUGCGGAAGAUGGUUCAUAUGAUAUGUGGCCCUAGUCUUUGCAUUAUUAAGCAUGGGUUUUCAGUUCUGACAAGUGGGCCCCACGGUUCAGUACUCUAGAACAUGAAUCUGUUUGUAUCCCGUCUUUUAUGGACCAUGCUUUAAAAAUUUCCUGCAUAGGACAAUCUUAACCUUUCAGUUUGUGGCCUACGAAUACAAUACAUGGUUAAAUACGACAAUGGUCCACAUUCUACUUAGUAAGCUCCUAAUAGUGGUCCAUAUCUUCCCAUAUGGGAAAUCUUUUGCAGCAUGCUCCAUCGGUCAUGGGACUCAAAAACCAAUGGUCUAGAUUACCCAACCAUGGGCCCCAAUUGUCAGAAUAUUAAAAAAAAAAAAACUUGUGUAUACCAUGCAAAGAUGCUGCGGGCCACCAAGCUUUGGGAUCUCACCAGUGCCGUGUGAGAUUUACUUGUUAUAUAGGUGAAUUUAUCGCAGCUACAUGUAUAUAUAUUGCCUUGGUAGGAGAUCUACUGUCCUUUGUGCUAAGUGUGGGUGAUUGAGUCAAUGUAAGUGAUAUUCCUGUGUUUGUAGUUGUCACACGAAAAAUGGGCUUGUUUUGUGUAGA